UACAAAUGUAUUUAUAUAUUUAUUUUACAUGACACCAUUGUGCUCGAUUUGAAUUGCUUAUUUAUUAGUCAUUCCUUGGACAAUGCUAACCAUAUGCAUGAGACCAUUAUCCACGAUGAGAAGUUGUACUCUUGAUUCUUAAACUUCUAAACCCUUGCUUGGUUGUGUAUUGUACCUACACCAUGAGUAUAGAAGCAGCGACUUCUUAGGUUUCAUUCGUGGGUCCUUGACAUGCAAAAGUUUGGGAAACCCUGCAUUUUCUCACCAGCCUGUUUGGUCUGUCUGUGACAUGUGUAGAAGCUGCAGUCUGCUGUCUCUUCAUUCAGGCUGUACAGACAAAUAUGUGGAAAUUGUUGCAGGUUCUGCCUAAGAGCACAAGCAGUGCACAGGCCAUACAAUCCUGCAAUACCACACCAUGCAGUUAAGGUGCAUAAUUUUCAAAGAUUUGUCAUGAACGCCUUUGUUGUGCACGCAUAUGAAUUUAUUUACCAGCUUUGACCACAUUAUAAUUCUUUUAUAAACUUUUAUAGCCCAUAGUCAUGUUUCCAUAAUGAGUCCCAGAUUGUUACUAAUCUACAGUGCAAACAUCGCCUUCUUUCUGCUCUUCCUGUAUGCUGGAAAAAAUGCAGACGAAAGCUUAAUUAAUGGAAACAGCUUCUUGCACUUCGGGCGCAGGCCUAGUGGAUCUUCAACAUAUGUUCCGGGAUUAGGGGACACAACGCACACUUAAUGCUACUGCCACUGCUGAUUUAUUAUUUUCUUUUCUGUUUAUUUGUCAAGUUUGAACUCCAAUCGAUGCUGAUUCAUUGUGAUGUGACGCGAGCCCGGACAGAAGCUUGUUAUGACCUCCCUGCCAGAACAUCGGCUGAUGUGACAGAAGUGCAGAGGAAUCAAGGAUCUGCUGGCCCUCCUGGACCUGCAGGUGUCCCGGGAAUUGAUGGGAUUGCUGGGGAAAGGGGAGAAGAUGGCGAGGACGGUUAUCCUGGACCUGAUGGAGAUGCAGGUAAACCCGGGUCUUCAGGGUUACCUGGAAUUCCUGGAAAUGAUGGUUUGACCGGCCCUAUUGGAGAUCCUGGGCCCGACGGUCCCCCCGGACAGAAAGGUGAACCUGGAAAAACUGGACCUCGUGGAACAGCUGGUGUUGGGCCAGAUGGACCCCCUGGACCUCCUGGGCCUGGAGGACUUCCAGGUGAAUUGGGAAAAGUUGGACCACCUGGGGCGAUGGGUGUGAGAGGGCCACAGGGACCUGUUGGACCAACAGGGCCCAGAGGUGCAGCUGGAAUGCAAGGCAGUGCUGACCUGUGUCAAAACUCCUGUCCACCUGGGACCCCCGGACAUCCUGGCCUUCCUGGCAUGAAGGGCCACAAAGGUGUAAAAGGUGAAGCAGGGGAACCCGGGAAACAAGGACACAAGGGUGAGGAAGGAGACCAGGGAGCUUCAGGGGAGGUCGGAUCCCAGGGACCAAUGGGCCCUCAGGGGAUUCGUGGAGCCAUGGGAAUGAUAGGCCCCAAGGGGGAGAUGGGAGCUCGAGGUCCCGAUGGAGAUCCAGGUCCCCAGGGUGUUGCAGGGGCAACUGGGGAUCAAGGCCAGAGAGGUGUGAUGGGUGAGCCUGGGCCUAAAGGUGAAACGGGUAUUCAAGGGCCAAGAGGAAUCACAGGCCUUCCAGGUCCCAAGGGAGAGGCUGGCUUACCAGGUGUUGACGGUCGUGAGGGUAUUCCUGGGAUGCCAGGAGCAAAGGGAGAUGUUGGAAAGGCAGGCGCUCCUGGAGAGGUUGGGCUUCAGGGGCUUCCAGGGUUGCCGGGUUCACCUGGACCAAAAGGACAGAGUGGCGCUAAGGGAGAUGCUGGUCAAGGAGGCCUCCCUGGAACAUUGGGUUCUGCUGGCAAAGCAGGAGAGCGUGGAGAACAGGGAGAGGUGGGACCUGUUGGACCUAUUGGUGAACCUGGAAAUGUGGGAGAACAAGGCUAUGUAGGUCCAGCCGGCAAGCCAGGAGCCAGGGGACCCAAAGGUGACCCCGGCCUUCCUGGUCUUCCCGGUCCUCCUGGCCUGCCAGGGGUGAAAGGAGAGAGGGGAGAUCGUGGAGAAGCAGGACCUAAAGGAGAGCAGGGUUCGCCAGGUGAUGAGGGAAACCCCGGAGACAAAGGGGAUGUUGGUGAAAUUGGAGAGAGUGGACCAAAAGGAGAUGUUGGUAACCCUGGUGAGCCUGGCAGACGAGGUCCCGAGGGAAGUCGAGGCCAGCCUGGCAUCGAGGGGCCACCUGGCACACCUGGACCUCGGGGCAUGCAGGGAAAUAGGGGUCUACCUGGAGUGAGAGGGACCCAGGGUCCUGCGGGUAAAGAGCCAAGUGAUCAGCACAUCAAACAAGUUUGCAUGCGAGUCAUGCAAGAGCAGCUGGCUCAGUUAGCUGCUAGUUUACGAAGGCCAGAGUCUGGUGUAGCUGGUUUACCUGGCAAACCUGGACUUCCGGGGCCUCCAGGGCCUCCAGGAGACAAUGGCUUCCCUGGGCAGGCAGGAGCAAGAGGCCUUCCAGGACUCAAAGGACCACCUGGACCUCUUGGAGUGAAAGGACCAAAAGGUGAAAUGGGUGACAGAGGCUCCAGAGGGCCCACUGUGCGCGGACCUAAAGGUCAGCCAGGACCUCCUGGACUUCCAGGUGAGCCAGGCAAACCUGGCUAUGGUCAGGAUGGUCGGGAUGGACAGAGGGGACCUCCUGGUGUUCCCGGACAGCCCGGUGUGCCUGGGCCUCCCGGUGCAGCUGGUCCUAAUGGUUACUGUGACCCCUCAGCCUGCAACCUGCAGGCAGGAGCCGCCCAACAGUCUCUGGAUGUGAAGGGGCCUGCAGGGAACUAAGAGCCUCUAUGGCAGAGACAGAAAGACUGUUGGAUUAUCUCCCCUGAGCACACAACAUUUUUCACACUUUCGUCUCAGGAGCUGUGGUUUGUGGUGCCUUCGAUCCAUUAACCUCUAGUCUUGCGAGCAUGUUUUGUGCCAACCACAUCUCCAUCAGAAGGAGCCUGCCUCUUCAAGUUGUAAAAAACACAUGAAACAUAGUUUUUUUAUGUGCUGCAAAAAAAUCUAGCUUGUUCUGGUGUGUUUUUCUACCCGAGAGAUAUUUUUGAUAUUUCAGGAAGGUGUGCUCACAUUUCUGAGACGAGAUGAAAUGACCAGAAAUGUUUGUUUAUCCCACUCUCCUCGUACCUCUGUCUGCGUUUUCUUUUUGUGUUCGCUAUUUACACUGUUUUCUCAAGUAACAGUUCCUCUACUUUCUCACAAAACAUUUCCAAUAAUUCCCUGAAGCAAAUCAGGAUUGGACUACAGUAUGUUUGGUUUUAGUGCCUUUUUCCAAUUACUUUAUGCUGUAUGUGCUAAAAUACCAAAGAAAAACCUGCUGAAAGCUCCAUUUUCUAUGUCUACAUGUCUGACCAUCUUUUCAGCUCUGCAGUUCAAAAUAAAAAGGAGAGAGGAUGAAACUGUCAUCAAGUCACACUGACUUCAGUGUGUGUUGUAAAUCUGUAAAAAAAAAUGUUUGAAUUGUGGUUAAUUAUAUUUCCUACAAAACAGCCUGAUGUGAGAUUUUGCCUCAUUGUACAGAAUGACAACAGAGUGCCGGUGUGCAUAUAUGGAAGAAUAUUUUUAAUGAUGAGGGAAAUCCUCAUUAAUGGAACAAAUAAAAAAAAAACACAU